UCUAGGACCGUUGUGUAUCUACUGCCUGCGUACUCAGGAAUUGUAUCAAAAGGGAUCUUGUACCUGUAGGAUCGGACCGGCCAUCAUGUUGUUCUGGCACAGCCAACCCGAUCAUUACUGGCCAGCACCUGCUGAGCACUUUCAGAGUCCUUCCAGCACUAUCUACAGAGAGUCCAUCCAGCUCCCAUUCCUGAAGCAGGAGGACCAGCCGCCCCCGACCCCUCUGUGCCCGGCCUUCCAGUGCGUUCUCUCUGCCCCCACCUCCCCGGCCGUCAAACUACACGAGGAGACACUCACCUACCUCAACCAGGGUCAGUCCUAUGAGAUCCGCAUGCUCUGUAACUGGAAGGGAUCCGUGGAUGUUGCUGAAAGUCGGAAUCUCUUAAAGACGGUGGUCAGAGUGGUUUUUCACGACCGGCGGCUGCAGUACAGCGAGAGGCAACAGCUGGAGAGCUGGCAAAUGAGCCACCCCGGGGACCGAAUCCUGGAUAUAGAUGUUCCCUUGUCUGUGGGAGUGAUGGAUCCACUUGUAAACCCCAAUACUGUGAACACCUUCGAGUUCUUGUGGGACCCCAGUAAGAGGACCUCUGUGUUUAUCCAGGUUAACUGCAUCAGCACCGAGUUCACUCAGAGAAAGAAUGGAGGUGAAAAAGGAGCCCCGUUCCGUAUCCAGCUGGACACCUUUAGGGCCGAUUCUCAGGGGAGCUUCACAGAGCAUCUCUACUCAGCCAGCUGUCAAGUCAAAGUAUUUAAGCCAAAGGGUGCAGAUCGCAAGCAGAAAACCGACCGCGAAAAGGUGGAGAAGCGUUCAGCUCUGGAACGAGAGAAGUUCCAAACACCUUGUGAAAACACUGUCCUGACUGAGUGCGCUCCUUGGCCGGAAACCGAUUCUUACAGGAGCCCCAACAGCACCCCUGGAGUGAGCUCUCCGCACCACUUUAAAGUAUCCACCCCAGAGAGGAACUGCGCUUCCCCUGUCUGUGCGUCAGAUAGUUCUACAGAAUGUGCCGGCGAGAGUCUAAGUCCUACGGCCUCCAUGUCCGAGACCCAGCAGUGGCUGGUGAGAAACCGCUUCUCCAAUUACUGCCGAACAUUUUCCAAUUUCACAGGAGCUGAUCUUCUUAAGUUGUCCCGGAGGGACCUCACUCAGAUUUGCGGCGUGGCUGAUGGGAUCCGUUUAAGUCACGCACUAACAGCAAGGUCUGUGCGUCCGCGUCUCACGCUAUAUAUCACUACAGAGUCUUCAGGGAAAACCCAGGACACUGCAGAAGCCAAACAGACAGCCCUCUAUCAGGAAAUCUACUUAGAAGAUGUGACUGCAGCCGAACUGACCAAUAAGCUGGCAGAUCUGCUAAGUGUCCCAGCAAAUCACAUACAUCGGAUCUCCAGGACCGGCCCACAUGGAAUUCACAUCGCCCUCAGCGACACGAUGGUCAGAAACAUGGCAGAUGAGUCCUGCUUCACAGCCAGCCUACAGAAAAUACAAAAUACAGAUGGCUAUCACUGCAUCCUACGGUAACCUUGCGUGGCUACGCUGGACACGUCCCAGAUGUUCACCGCCAUGGAAGAAAGAAA